UCAUUGAGGCCUGUCUCUAUGCAAAGUUUCAAGUCCAAAUUCGAAAGGCAAUUUUCCCAGUGUUCCUGAGGGGAACCACGGCUUUUUUUUCUCAAACAUAUAGUACAAAUACAGUAUCUCGGCAGUAAUAAGCUAGCAGUCCGAAAUUUUUUCAGAGAACUCAUAGAUCAUUAAGGUCUACAUAAUUCGCAUACGUUCGACUCAAAAGCGAUGUGACAGUUGGGAAUAUUCCCUCGUAAGUCUGCUUGAAUGAUAAAAAUGGACUCGAGGAUUUCGACAAACUUUUUAUAGAUUUGAAUUCCUGGACUCCGAAAACAUACAAUCUAUUGUUUUAAAACUCAGUUAUUUUCUUGCAAUAGCCUCUCUAACUGAACAAAAAAUCCAAAUUAAUUCAAGACUAUCGUAGUUUUAUUAUACAUUCACUUGAUUAUCACACUCCUAUCAACGUUGCAUCCCAUGUUCAAGUCAUUAUUUUUUUCCAUAGCAUAAAAUUUUUAGGACGAUUCUCAUAAUAAAGGAAAAUUGAUUUGAGAAAAUAAGAAACAGUAUAAAUCUGUGUUUUUUUUGUCUUCCUAGGAUUUUGUUUGGUUAUCAAUGCCUCAUUGUCUGAUCCUUGGUAUUAAUAUUUCAUCAUUAUGGCGUGCAUCAACAGGUACAUUAAUUAAAAAAAUAAAUGAUCUCUAUUUUUCAUUACCAACACAACGAUUAAUAUCAAAUAAAAUAAAUUUAAAUGAUGUCGAAACAACACCUGAUACAAUUUAUAUAAAAACUCUUUUAUCAUGUUCUAAUAAUCAACCAUAUUUAAUUGCAUUAAUAGAUUAUAUAUCAAUUUAUUUUGAUACAAUGCAAAAUCAUGUUGAAUUAGGGUGUCAAUCUUCAUAUGUUAUUUGUUUUAUUGAAAAUUUUUCAAUGUUAAUGAAAUUAAAUAUUGUAUUUGUUGUUGUUGUUCAAGGUUUUGAUCAAUAUAAUAAUAUUCUUAAAUAA